GCUCUGAACCAAACCGUCUCAUUCGAAAUUGUUCAAGAAUGGCAUCAGGCUGUACCUGUUUCAGUGUGUCCUAAGCUAGCCUUCCUCUUUUCUGAGCACAUGGAUUGUCUCCGUGGGACACUAACCUUGUAAUUCACUUAAACUGGUGAGUUCAUUUCCAAAGUGGGAGGGGUGCAGUGUGUAGAAAUGCAGCAGGUGGCCGUUCGGCAACGUCAGAGGCAAGUUCUGCUUAAAUGCAGCGGUAUCCAAGGUCAGCUGGUCCUCACCAAGAGAAGACUGGGCACAGAACGACUGUGGCUGGAACGCUUGUUUUGGUUCCAGCCAGCCAGGUAGGCGUCCGUUAUUCCGCCACAAAGGGCUCCGUGUGUGAGUCAAGAGCCCCGACGGGAUUUUCCUCACCAUAGUGGUGAAACGCUCGUCAGCUCGGGGAGCGCGGAUUGUUCAGCCGCACAGACUGAAACUGACCCCCUGGAACAAUCCUGGGGGCAGCUGAAGCGGCCAGUAUGAGUUGUCCUAUCAGGACCGCCGGCAGGCGAAGCGGAAGAGCGUCACUCGCCAUCUUUCUUCCUGGUGCCUCCAUAGUUGGCCCGGUGGUGUCAGUUUAUGGAGUGGCAAGCUGUUCAGCCUCGGGGUUUUUGUAUGACCUCCAAACCUAGUAACAGAGUCAGGUGGCAGCAGUCCAGGGAUUCGGACGCAAGAAGUGGCGAUCCGGUGCAACCAGUUUGAUCAGGAGCGCCGGAGAACGGGGCGGAAAUUCUUCCUCCGCCGUCUUUCUUCCUGGCAACUCUCCUUCCUUGCAAGGCUGUCCAGUCAGCUGAGGGAGUCCCGGGUCGCUGGACCCCAGCGGCUCCACGGCCCCUGAACCUAGGAGCUGCGUGAGGCCGCAGGAGGCCCCGAGCGCAGCCAUGGAGUCUUUAUCCUUUGAGGAUGUGGCUGUGAAUUUCACUUCAGAGGAGUGGGCUUUACUGAAUUCUUCCCAAAAGAGGUUGCACAAAGAUGUGAUGCAGGAAACCUUCAGGAACCUGGCUGCCAUAGCAAAAAAACAAGAAGACAAGACCCUUGAAGAUGACUAUGAAAGUUUAAGAAAAAUUCUUCCCAUUUCAGUUCAGACUGUAUACAAACUAUGUGAGAAUCAAGAAUAUGCAGAGAAACCAGCCAUAUAUAAGGAAUGUGAGAAAGUCUUUAGUUCUCCUCAGUGCUUUCUGGAACACGUAAAGACUCAUGUGGAAGAGAAAACUUAUGAAUGUAAGCAAACCGAGGAAGGUUUUAGUAGACACAGUAAUGUUCAGGUCCCUGAAAGAAUGCAUGCUACAGAAAAUCCUUGUGUUUUAAAGCAGAGUGGAAAAGACUUUUUGACUCUUGCUGAUAUUCAACAGCACAUAACACAUAAUGGACAUGGGCCAUAUAUAUGUAAAGUAUGUGGUAAAGCCUUUCACUCUUCCAGUUCUUUCUUGACACACGAAAAGACACAUAAUGGAGAACAGCUUUAUACAUGUAAGCAAUGUGGCAAAACCUUCACUUAUUCCAGUGGCCUUCGCCGCCAUGAAAGGACUCAUAGUGGAGAGAAACCCUAUGAAUGCAAGCAAUUUCUGAAAGUCUUUCCUUGUUUGAGUAAGGUUGAAAGUCAUGAACAAACUAAUGAUGGAAUAAAAUACAUAUGUAAUCAAUGUGGGAUAGCCUUCAGUGAUCACAAUUCCCUUCAAUGCCAUGAAAAGAUUCACAGUUUAGAGAAACCCUAUAUAUACAAGCAAUGUGGAAAAGCAUUCACUUGUUCUAGUGCCUUGCGAAGACAUGAGCGAAUUCAUACUGGAGUGAAACCCUAUGAAUGUAAGGUAUGUGGGAAAGCCUUCAUUGAUUGCAGUUCUCUUCAAUGUCAUGAAAGGAUUCAUAGUGGAGAGAAACCUUAUGUAUGUAAGCUAUGUGGGAAAGCAUUCAGUCGUCAAGGUUCUCUUAAAUGCCAUGAAAGAAUUCAUAGUGGAGAGAAGCCCUAUGCAUGCAAGCAAUGUGGGAAAAACUUCAUGCAUCACAAUGCUCUUAGAUACCAUGAACAGAUUCAUAGUGGAGAGAAAUCCUAUGGGUGUAAGCAAUGUGGGAAAGCCUUUGUGUUGAGCAGCGCAUUGAAAAAACAUGAACGAAUUCACAGCGGAUUGAAACCUUGUUUGUGCAGGGUGUGUGGAAAAGCCUUCACAUUUCAUAGUUCCCUUCAUUGCCAUGAAAGGACUCACACCGGAGAGAAACCCUAUGUAUGCAAACAGUGUGGAAAAGCCUUUAUGUAUCACAGUUCUCUUCGUUGCCAUGAAAAUAUUCACAGUGCAGAGAAACCCUAUGUAUGUAAGUUAUGUGGGACAGCAUUCACUUAUCAUAGUUCUCUUCAACGCCAUGAAAGAAUCCACAGGGGAGAGAAACCAUAUGUAUGUAAGUUCUGUGGGAAAGCCUUCACUGAUCACAGUUCCCUUCGAUGCCAUGAAAGAAUUCACACUGGAGAGAAACCCUAUGUAUGUAAACAAUGUGGGAAAUCCUACAGUACUCAUGGUUCUCUUCGAUACCAUGAAAAGAUGCACUGUGUGUAAGCUACAUUGGAAGACCUUCUCUUUGAAUAAGUUUUAAUCUCAUUAACAACAACCAAAAUAAAAAACAAACUAUAUGGUUGUAAACAAUGUGAAUAAGCCUUAACAUGUUGUGGUUCCCUUCAAAAACAUGAAUGGAGACACAUUGGAGAAUAUCUCUAAAUAUAGAGUAAAGGAGAGCCCCAUUGUUACAAACUCUUUCUAGUAAGCAUGAUGGCAUAAUGAAUUUAAUGUGUAUCAAUGUAAAGCAUGUGGGAUUAUCUCUACUUGUCUCUGUUCAGUUCUCAAAAAAAACCAAAACACUAGGAGGAUGGGGAGAUGGCUCAAUCUGUAUAGUGCCUACCACAGAAGCAUGAGAUCCUGAGUUUAAAUCCUUAGCACCCAUAUAAAAGCCAGACAUGGUGACACAUGCCUGUAAUUCCAGUGCUAGGGAGGCAAAGACAAGAGAUCCCUGAGCUUGCUGGUUAACUAGUCUACUCAAGUCUAUUCAGAUUCAGUGAGAGAUCUCUCAAAAAGUAAAGUGGAGAGUGAUUAAGGAAGAUAUCCAACGUUAACAUCAACCUCUGGCCUCUACAUGCAAGUACAGUGUGCAGCCACACACAUAUGAACACUCAUCCUCACAUGUAUGCACACCACACACACAAAAGGACACAUUGUAUCAAGAACCUUGAUUAGAAGAAAUCUGUAAGUCUUCAGUUGGCCAGCAUAUACACAGUCAAAACUUGUAAAUGUAAGUAGAAUUGUCAUUUGUAGCAUGUGUCAAAGGCUGAUGUAGUAGGAUUCUAUUAACAUAACUAAUGUGAAGAGCCUGGCAUAAAAUAAUUUAUGGAAUGCUUUAGAAAUUACACCCUUUAGAGGAAAUGUUCUAAUGUUUAUAAAUGUUUGUCAGUGUCACAUUCUUAAGUAGAUCUAAACUGUGCUUUAAUUUUUUUUCUUGAAAAUCAAUGUUUCAUUGAAAUUAUUUGCUAAGGUUUACUUAAACAGUUGCAUGUGCUUAAUCUGUAGUUUCAGUAUUAGUAAAUUCAGUUAAUAACUUUUUCUGCUUUUAAUUUUAAAUGUUGAAUUGAAAUGUCUUUCUAAUAUGUGAGCAGUCAUAAUUUUUAUGUAGUUUUAAAAUAAUUUUGCUAAUGGACUUGUAAAAAAUUUUAAAUUGGGGCUCUGAAAAUGGCUCAAUGGAAAAGCUUCAGGACCUAGGCCAGAUCCCCAGCACUAAUGCCAAAAGCCAGCUAUGACUAAACAUGCCUGUAUCCCCAGCAUUGAAAGUAGGGGUUCAGGAAGAUUACUGGAGCUUGCUGGCCAACUAGUCUAGAUGAAAACAAGCUCUAAGAUUAGUGCAAGGCCAUGUCUCAAGCACAUAAGGCAGAGAGGUAGGAGAGAUUUACCUGAUGUUGUCCUCUAGCUUCCACACAUGCAAGCUCAGUGCUCACAAAUAUGAAAGGUUAUUAAUACUUAUGAUUUUCCUACUAGGCUCUUGUCAUAGGUCAUAUAUGUAUAUAAAUUCAGAACAAAUGACUUUAAAGUAGAUUUAACUAUUUUUCACUUUUAAUAUUUUCUCCAAAUAAGAUUUCUGUACAUAUUUUAUAUUUUAACUGUUUUCAACAGUGUAUACAUUGACACAUGUUAUUUUUCAUAUAUGGACAAUAUAUCUGCAAAAUAAUCAUCAAAAAGAGAUCAACUUUACAAUUUUUCAAAUUUUUCCUUUCAUGUUAUAGUCAUUGUCAAAAUACUGGUGAAAUGUCUUUAUGUAGUAGAAUCCUACUAACUAAUGCUCUUUUUAUAUUUAUAUUUAUGUUAUAGUUUUUUAUCAUAAUUUUCCCUUUACUUCUCUUAUCAAAAGAUAUAUCCCACUGGUUUAAGUAUGCUCUGGCCAGAGAUAACCAGGACCAAGUCAUUAGUCACAACGAAUGUAAUGGAUUGCUGUAAUAAAUCUAUCUACAUACCAUA